CUGUGCGACCGCCGGGCGGGGACGGGGCGGUGGCCGGGCGGUGGCUGGGGCGCGGGCCUCAGUCUCCCUGCGGGCGCGGAGCCGACCUGUGACCUCAGAGGCGCGCGGCGAGCCCACCUGUCACUCAGGCGCCCGAGGAUGCCCGUCGUGGUGGAGGACAUCAUGAAGCUCCUGUGCUCGGUGUCCGAGCAGAGGAAGAUGAAGGCGGCUGUCAAGCACUCGGGGAAGGGCGCCCUGGUGACCGGGGCUGUGGCCUUCGUGGGCGGUCUGGUGGGUGGCCCGCCAGGCCUGGCCAUUGGGGGUGCCGUCGGGGGCCUGCUGGGGGCCUGGAUGGCCAGUGGGGAGUUCCAGUCCGUGCCGCGCAUCCUCAUGGAGCUGCCCGCGGAGGAGCAGCAGAAGCUCUUCCUGGAGGCCUCGGCCAUCGUCCGCAACCUGGACUGGACGGACGCGGUGCAGCUCACGGCGCUGGUCAUGGGCAGCGAGGCCCUGCAGCAGCAGCUGCUGGCCAUGCUGGCCGCCUACGUCACCAAGGAGCUGCGGGCCGAGGUCCGGUACGGCGACUAGGCGGCCCCGGCCCGGGCGGGCUGCUCCUCCCCAGGCUCGGUCGGGUGGGGGCCCUAGACUGCGGGGGGAGGAACCCACGCCCCGUCACCGUGUCACCUCCAAUUCGGAGGAGUCGUCGGCCGCAGGGGGCCGCCGCUGCGCCGUGCCGUGUCCCCGGACUUGUCUGAAUUUCCCGGAUUCAGUUGACCCUCUGUGGCUGUGGGUUCUGAGUCCUACGGGUUCAACCGUCGGAUGGAAAAUACGGGAAAGACGCCGUGUGCUUGUGUCCGUGUGCGGCCGAGAGCCAGGACAGCCCUCCGCCUGGUGGCCGGCCCCCCGCCCGCCCCAGGGAGAAGCUUCCUGCCCCGCGGGGCCUCGGUGGCCGUCUGCCCAGUGAGCCCCCUCCCCCGAGUGGGGUCUGGAGGACUUCGCCGCGUUCGGCUGACUUUUCUCCCAUGACGCUUCGUCCUCCCCCCACGGGGUCUUCUCCUCCCCCUUGUGAAGACGCCUCUUCUUCCGGCACCCGUGUUGGGACUGGUCCCCCCCCUCCCCCAUUGCCCAGGCCUCCCCUGGGGUCUCAGGACUCAGAGCGGCUGUGCUGGAAUCAGGACCACCUCUCCAGAGUGCACCCCCCACCCUUCCCCCCGCCAGGACUCGUGGGUGGCCCCCCGGAGUGGGGCGUCCGGCCCCUCCCCCCACGCCUGCAGCCGGGGCUCCCCCCUCCCAGGGCCCUGCGUCCUCCGGCCCGGAGAGUCCUGCUGGUUCUCGAAUUAUGCCUUUUCGGUGCACUGUUCUCAGCGAAGAGUGCUGGCGUGCCUCGGAGACACACUGUGGGCUCGGGCCCAGAGCACCCCAAUAAAGUGAGUGUCACAAGGAAGCGAAGUCACACAUCUGGUGGUUUCUCAGGACCUUGUGAGAGUUGUG